AUGGUUGGCAUUGAAGGCCAAAACGAAGAGUUGGACGCUAUUAGUACAAUAACCACAUUCAUUCAUACGGACGAGUCUGACAAAGGGGUGCCAGAAUGCACCCUGGAACUCUUUUCCCUUCCAGACGACGCAGCUCAUGAAUGGGUACCGACCAGACCAAUCAACACCUCUCCCGGGAGUGACCAAAACCUGCAUGUUAUCAAAGGCUGGUUGGACGAGUGUGACCAAAACCAUCCAUUCUGCCAGCGGACCGGCAGCAAACCCGUGCCGAUACCAACAAGGCUACUUGAAAUUGUUGAUGAAGAAACCGUAUGCCUCGUUAACGCUGUUGGAGAUAGUACACGGUACAUUGCUUUGAGCUAUUGCUGGGGCCCUACUUCGCAGAAUAAUUGCCCGACGACACAAGACAAUCUGUCAAGUAGAUCAUAUGGAAGGGAGGGGAUACUACGUGAUAGCCUCCCCGCCGCCAUUAGAGAUGCCGUAUAUAUUGUCGAGAAGCUCGGCAUCAAGUACAUUUGGGUUGACGCCUUGUGUAUUGUUCAAGACUCACAAGAGGAUAAGAGUCGGGAGUCGGCAAGGAUGGGCCAAUAUUACGGUGGUGCUUUCUUGACAGUUAUAGCAAACACCUAUCACUGCAAUCAGGGGUUUAUUGGCGAAAUCGGUCGUUGCAAAAAACACCCUGAUUCUCCAGUUCCUAGAGACCUCGUUCCAUUCAACGGGAUUUUCUGGUCGGAUCAUGAUACAAUGGGCCGAUUUGGAACGAUACUCCUUCGCGACGAGAACCCAUACCUCCUGUCAAAGGAACCAAUCUCUAAGAGAGGAUGGACGUUUCAGGAACGUCUACUCUCAAACCGCGUCCUCUCUUUCGGCAGUCGUGUGAUGUGGUCGUGCCUUGGCCAAACAGCCACUGAUGGCGGGAUCCAAGAUUGGUCUUUCGACGAACAUGACCCGGAUGGCACGAUUCGAGAAUUUCAAAAUGAAUCAGCCAAGCUUGAAAAGCGAAGCAAACCCGAACCAGGCAGCUCCAAGGCAGAAAAGGAUGGAAGAGCUGGGAAAUACAGUCUCUGGCAUAAAAUAGUGGGCAAUUACUCGAAACGGGCCAUCACGUACUCUGAAGACAAGUUUCCAGCCAUUGCAGCAGUGGCAGAACAGUUCUCAAGAAUAAGCGGUGAUGAGUAUAUCGCUGGGCUCUGGCGACGGAAUCUUGAAACGGAUCUGCUAUGGACUACACCAUCACCGGGGACUAAGCGCCCUGAGAAGUGGCGAGCACCGUCAUGGUCAUGGGCGUCGGUGGACGACCCGAUUCUCUACACGAAUCUUUCCGGGGAUGACGCGAGUCUGAUGGCUGAGAUCAAAAAGAUAAACGUGUCCCACAAACCUCCCAUUGUGCCUUUUGGAGAGAUCAGCUCGGCAACACUCGAGAUCGAGGCCCCCUGCAUUGAUUCAAACGCUAGCGAUGUAGCCAAAAUGAUUGAGCCCUGCUUUCCAACCAUAGGCGUAGAAAACGAGCGAAAUAUGGUACUCAACUUUUUGAGUGGAACGGGGAAAUACGGAGAGGAGCAGAAGGUAGACUUACCGAAAGAGGUCGCCUUACUUCUAUUGGUCGUGGGAGCGGAUACGCUCUUGUCAGUGAAUAAGGUCGUGAGGAUCGUGUAG